ACAAACGGAAAGGAAACAGGGCGGUGCUUCCGCCUAGCAACGCGAGUGUUGCGGGCGUCGCUAAGGAGGGGAAGCCGCCGGUUCCGGACAUGGCGGAGCAAGCGCUGGGCGUGCGGGGCCGCGGCGCCCGGAUCAGAGAGAAGCCAAACAAAUUCCUGAGCAGCACCCAGAAAACUACUACUACUCACCAUCUGAGUCUCAAAGGACCGGAAAAGAGCCAGACACUGCACAGCAACUGGGAAGGAACUUCAUUAUUUAAAAAACAAACUGAAACUAGCUUGUCCCCAUAUAUAGAGAAGAGUCCCAGCAUUGACGACUUAGAAGAAAGUUUGCGGAAACUUAAAGUUCAGGUGGACAGCUUGGCCUCGAGUCUGAGUUUUGACCCUCAUCAAGAUUAUACCAUAGACUCUAGCACUACAGUCAACUUGAGCACCUUUAAUUCUGCAUGGCCAAGAGUUCCUAAUGGGACCUAUGGAGAGGCAGACAUCGGAGAUUCACCAAAGCCAUCUGCAGAGUCUGAGUGGUUUCUGAACCCAAGACAUCUAGUCAAACCACUGGGAGAGUAUCCAGCGCUAACAAGCUUGGGCCUUCCGACAUUCUCCACAUCACCCAUCAACCGUGUGCCAGGGCUCCUGGGGAGUGAGAUUGCAAGUCAGAACUAUGUGCCGUCACUGGAUCUUGCACAUACAGAGUCUUUCCCAGUGAAGCUUGGUGCUCCUCAUGUGAUUGGAGUCAGGUCAUUGUUGCCCCCUAAAAUCCCAAUGCAGGAUCGCUCUCCUGAAAGGUCCCUCUCCCUUGAUCGUUCUGGGACCAACCGAUCCCGUUCAUUCUCUCCGGCUCCCAAAAGAACCCGGUGGCUAAGGUCUCGCUCACAGUCACCUAGACCCAUCUGGAGACCAAAUUCUGCUAAGGCAAAUGCCUGUGCCCAGCCUCCACCACACUUUGGCAGGUCUAGGUACAGCAGAAAGAAAACAGCUUCAACCAGACAAUCACGAUCCAGAAUAUACAAACCAGGAGCCCUGGCUGCUAGGUCCUGUACUCCAGCGAGGAUGAAUAUAAGGGGACCACUGAGCUAUUCUUGGAGCCCUUACAGUCUGCCCUCCACUGCUGUAUCCUCACCAACGGCUCAGGAGAUUAAUGAACGGUUUUUGCAGACUCUUGCAGAAGGUGCUGUUGGGAGGUCCCUGAUAGAAAUGUCCCCGUAUCAGAAGGAGCUGGCUCGUCUCAGGCUGGAGCGUCUGCGUGUGGAGGAGGAAUGGUUAUUAGAACUAAAGAGGCAGCAAGAAUUGGAGCGAACUCGGGGUCCAAAACCAAAGUGGUAUGAGAUGAAAAACUCCCAGUUUCAUUAUGAAGCCCACAAGAAUAAUGAGUUGCUGAGGAACAGCCAGGACUUGCAGUCUGUCUAUAACUAUAGGCAGGAACUGGCAUCCAUGUCCAAGGAAUUCCAACAGCAUUUGAAACCUGCUCACCUGCACUCUCUCUAG